GCAGAACGGUUGCGCUGUGCGGGAGCCAAAAGUCUGUGGGUGAGUUCAAAGUUUGAGUGGAAGUACUUUCUGCAUUUGUGACGCUGCCAGCAGCAAUACGGAGUCUUCCGCGCUGACGUCAUUAACCUCACGACAGACGAUGAACAGGGAGCAGCCCAGCAUCUCUGAGCUCCUGCUCUCAUUGGACAGUUUAGAGCUGCAGGAGGCGGAGCAAGUCAGAGCGGCUGUCAAUCAGCAGCUCAGUACAGACAGAGGAGGCGCUGUCUUGUCCAGUCUCGUGGAGCACUACUUGGACUCGGCGUCCUCCCAGGUGUUGCUCCUGCUCUUGUCCAUCAGAGAACCUUAUCACAAGCUCCUGUUGGAGAAGCUGAAUGAAGCUCUGGGUCGAGCGGACACCCGAUUGGCCAGCCUCACCCUGUUGGGUCACCUGAUCAGGAAGCAGCCACCGUGGGUUCAUCACAUCCGCCACUCGGUGCUGCUGCCAUCGCUGCUCCGCUGUCUGAAGACAGAUGGUGACGUGGUCGUCCUGGUCUCUGGAGUUCUGGUUCUGGUCACCCUGCUCCCGAUGAUCCCUCAGGCUGGAAAACAGCAUAUUUUUGAGUUCUUCAACGUCUUCGGGCGUCUGUCCUCAUGGAGCUUCAGGAAUCCUGGCCACGUGGACUCUGUGUACCCGGUCCACCUCAGAGCCAGCAUCUACUCUCUGUUCCAUCGACUCUAUGGGAUGUACCCCUGCAACUUUCUGUCCUACCUGCGCCUCCACUACAGCAUGAAGGAGAACCUGGACACCUUCCAGGAGGUGGUCAAGCCCAUGUUGGAACAGGUCAGAGUUCAUCCUGAGUUGGUCACAGGUGCUCCAGAUGAUGAACUGGACCCAUCCAGGUGGAGGUCUUAUGAGGUCCAUGACAUACUGAUAGAAUGUUCCAGAGUGUCCCUCGACCCGCGUGAAUCAUUCUAUGAGGAGGACGGUUACUCCAGACCUCAACUGUCUCCCUCUGUCCUCCACCACAUGGACGCCCCAUUCAGUCCUCAACAACAGACUUCCAGUGGAGCUGCAGUGCGCCCUCUGCUGUCCAGAUGCUUCAGUCUGAUGCACCACAACCCCAAUAUGCAGGCUGAUGGCAGUUGGACCCCCUCUUCCCAGUGCGGUUUGUCGACUCCUCCUCCAGAAACUUCUGGUUUAAGCUCCGCCCCUCCUCUCAGCAAGACGACCUCUGUCUCAGGUGUGAAACUUCCCUCACCACAGAUCAAAGAAAACAACAACAAACAGCCAGAACGACUGAUGGUAACAGAGGCGGAGACAUCAGUCUUUCACCCAAUCACAGCAGAGGAGACCAGAGACCAGAUUGAUGUCACCAGCAGCAGUAGAGAAGAAGUGGAGCCUCAGCAGCCUUCCUCUUGCUCUGCCUCCUCCUCCUCCUCCUCCCUCUCCGUCCUCCUGACUGCAACACCCAGCUGUGGUGACCCAUCAUUUGGCUCCACCCACCCCAUGCUGCCCUGCAGUACUUCACUGCAUACCUCCACUACUUGCACACGAGAGCCUAAUGGCCCUGCCCACCUCGGUCAGACCUCAUUUCUGCCAUAUGAACACCUUUUUGAACUGGCCCUGCCCACAGCGGCCAUGAAGUUCAUGGUGAAAAAGAACCAGGAGGCGCUGCAGAGAGCAGGAGGACAGGAGAUGCACAGGGAGGAGUCCUCAAUCUCUCACUCUCCUCUAGCGAUUUUAGAUGAGAUGAUUGCCCACGGCAACGACGCUCACCAGCAUCUCAGCAGCAGGUGGUCUGAGGUGAAUAAGUCCACGGAUGAGAGUCAGUUUGGAGGUAAACAGCAGAGCGUGAAAUCCAAAGGCUCCACCCAGGGGGAGGAACUUCAGGCUCUGAGGAGUCAGCUGCUGCUGGUGCACAGUGAGCUUCAGUACGAACGCUUCAAAAGACAGCAGCACGCCAUCAAGAUCCGCCGCCUGCUCCGGACCGUCAUCAGUGCCGCCACCCUGGAGGACCUUUGUACUGCCAUGAAGGCUCAGCUGUCUGUACAGGACGUGGAGAUCAGCUCUCUGAAAGACAGUCUGGAUGUGGAGCAGCGGCGCCAAGUGUCUCUGCAGGAGGACACACACACGUGCAUCACACAGCUAAAAACACACAUUGCACAACUGCAGCUACACCUGCAGAAUGAAGAACGCAUGAGCCAGAGACUGCAGAGCGAGCUGCAGGAGUGUCACUGCAGACUCAGUGUUCUGGAGGCGGAGCUUCAGAGAGCCAACAACAGGGCAAACAAUGUGGAACACAAGCUCACUCAGCUGUCAGUCAAGUUAUGCAACAGUGAGCAACUGCAGCAGCAACUGUUCGUGAUGAACCAGCAACUCAUCCUGCUGCAGGAAACCAACCGAGUGCUGACACGGCAACUGGAGGGAGGACAGGCAACAUGCUGCAUGGAAGGCUCCAUGCUGCAGUUGACUGUGAGUAAAGACGUCCGGAGGCUGAAGGACACUGAGGUCCAGCUGAGACAGAAACUGGAAGCAGCCAAUCACAGAAUAGUGGAGCUGGAGAACCAUGUGACCUGCAGCGAGAGGCUGCACUUGGAUCUGAAGAAACAUGUGGAAGAUAUCAAAGCCCAGAGCAGGCUGGAGCUGCUGGCCUGUGAGAAUCGCUGUGCGGCGCUGAGGAAGGUCACUCAGGUUCUGCAGACGGAGAUGCUUCACCUGUACAGUCAGCUGAGCCCGCCACAGGUCGUCUGCAGCAGGCAGAAUGCCGAUGGCGUAACCACGCCCACUGUUACGGACAGCCUUUCACUGUGCAGCGAGCCCCGCCCCUCCUCCUCAGUGGGCAUCAUAAACGGCACUAUGGAGCUCCUUUCCACCUCCUCCCUCUCCCCCAUUGACUCGGCGCCAGCCAUCGGUUCCUUCUUGGAGCAGCAAGCGUGGCCGCUGUUCAAAGUGCCUGAGUCCAGCCAGAAGGAGGCACUGGAGGAGGCCCAGCCCGGGAGUCCUCCUCUGGGGCAGGAGGUGAAGGAGGAGACUUUCCUCACAGGAAGCCCCCAGAUGGAGCCACAGAACAUGGAUCCAGCAGAACCGUCUCCAGAUCAGGACCGCUCCCAGCCCACUUCCCCGAGUCCAGCUGUCCUCCACAGGAGACGCAAUUUAAGCAUCAUGGACUACGAUGAGACGCUGCCUGUGUCCUGAGGCCGCCGGUCCAGGUCCUAACAGGCCUCGGCUCCUGACCCGCCAAAACCCUUCUGAGAAAACAAGUUAAAUUCACACACAAUCUUCGGACACUGACACUUACUGACCUGAAGUUCCCCCAAAAAAAGAAAGAAAUUGUUUUUUUUUUAAUAAUAAUUUUUUGACAUUGCGGGGAAUGUGAGAUGGGUGAGGGAAGCCACCAAGACAGACAGAAACAAAAGAAGGCAUGUGUUCUUGUAAAUCCUUGGAGGCUUCUUGCAGGUGUUGCUGUGCUCACAGACGCCGUAGAACUGAACCCACAGAACCAGUGGCAGCAUUAACUCCAGUGAGGGGCCGUGGCCUUUUCCAGCUCGCUAACUGAAGUCAUCGGUGUUUUAAAAACACUUAAAGUAAAAUACUUCACAUGCACUGAAGUGAAACUUUCAGAACAAAUAAAACUGAAGUAUUUUCAGAUAUUUAGGAUUCUGCUGCUGGCCACGCCCCCUCACAUGGGACACACAACAGGAAAUGACAUAAUUUCCAGAUAUAUCACAUGACCACACAAGGUGCUACUGGGACAGAACUUCCUGUGGACAAACAGACGUUUGUGUGACAAAACACAUGAUGAUCAGGUAAUGUUUUAUAUCAAAUCAGCUGUCUGGAAAAUAGCAUAUCACGGGUUCGAUUCCUGAAAUAUUUACUAUUUUUAACAGCAAGAUUAAAAAGAUGACAAUAUUUAUGGGGUGUGUCUCACAGACAUGGCCCCCAUGUGGGCGUGUCUCACAGACAUGGCCCCCAUGUGUGGGCGUGUCUCACAGACAUGGCCCCCAUGUGGGCGUGUCUCACAGACAUGGCCCCCAUGUGGGGGCGUGUCUCACAGACUGGUCCCCAUGUGGGGGCGUGUCUCACAGACUGGUCCCCAUGUGGGGGCGUGUCUCACAGACUGGUCCCCGUGUGGGCGUGUCUCUCAGACAUGGCCCCCGUGGGGGCGUGUCUCACAGACAUGGCCCCCGUGGGGGCGUGUCUCACAGACAUGGCCCCCGUGUGGGCGUGUCUCACAGACUGGUCCCCAUGUGGGGGCGUGUC